UGUCACGUUUUAUGAGAGAGCGGGUGUUCUAGUACUGUACGUUACACCUUGUGGUUUGCCGUUAUAUUGGGUUACAAACCUCAUUUUAGCACUUCUGGCUGUGACUAUUGAGGUACUUCAAUCACAGUAAGGGUAUUAUUAAUUUGUUUCCUUGUUAAAUCUCGCGUUCUAGAUCAAGCUUGAUCAUUUUCCCCAGCUUCCAUCGAGUGGGCUCUCCUGCGCACUCCUUCUGCUUAUUCAACGCUCUCAAGCUAGAGACGAACCGCUGUACUAACAUAUUUUCGAAGCUGAUUUUAAUUUUUGUACUGAAUUGACGUUGACAUCAAUAGUUCACAAACUGUUUGCAUUAUAAUAAAUUAGAUUUUGAAUAUGUCUGAAAAGAAACGGAAGCAGCGGUUAGCUGGUGAUAAACUCAAUGAAAACCCACUGAAGCCUACAGUAGAAGAAAUCGAUGUUGCGAAUUACUUACAUAAAAAGCUACCAUCUAAAGAAGGGCGUCUCUCAGGAAUGAUUGUUCGCACAUUCGUAGCAAUGGAAGCCAUCGAAUUACUGAUGAAUUCCCAUUGGGCUAGACCAAAUGACGAUGCCAAACCAACUCUUUUUACAAGUCAAACUACUGCAGUUAAUUUCAUGACAACUUUGUUUCAGAAGCAAAUGUUUCAGCGUGCAGUUCGUGUCAAGAAAAAGUCCACUAAACACCGAGAAGAUGCGAAAUCAUUGAAGCCUAAACUGAAAAAGCUUACUGAUGGAAAGCUUGUCACCAGUAAAAAUGUUGUCGACGCGACUUCAGAUGAAAAUUUGAGUUCUCAAGAUCAUGAUUCUAAAUCGCCCAAAUUUGGCAUUUUCUCAUCCAUCUCUUCCAGUAUUAACGAAUUCACAAUGAAAUCUCCCAAUAAGAAACCCAUGCGACUAGAAAUUGUGGACGAGCAAAAAUUUGUACUUGAUGAUCCACACACAUUUUAUGUUUGGAUCUAUGAACCACCACCGGGACUAUUUACAUGGUUGGCUGGUGCAUCUUUAAUUAUUGGGAUUAUACUAUGUUGUUUAUUUCCUAUCUGGCCAUCAGAAUUACGCCAAGGUGCAUAUUAUUUGACUAUAACUGCUUCAGGACUUUUAGGUCUUUUACUUUUCGUAGGAUUAUUGCGUUUCUGUUUUUAUUUGCUUGUCUGGUUAUCUACUUUAGGUCAAUACAGUUUUUGGAUAUUUCCUAAUUAUUUUGAAGACUGUGGUUUCUUCGAGUCAUUUCGUCCAUUGUAUUCACUUAAGCAUGCAUCUGAUGUUCUAGCACCAUCAAAUAAGAGAAGCAAAUCGAAAUUAAAGUCAAUUAGUGAUGUAUCCACUAUUAAUUUCGCCACGAGCAGUAGCAAUACUAGUAUUGUUCCUGGUAGUGAUGCUAAUAUUGUCCAAUUAUUAUGUACAAAAUCACCUGAGGAGGUUAAAGUGAGAAAGGUGUUAAAGAAAGAUAUAAUAAUCAAUGAAUAAAUUUAUUCCUAGUUACUUCAUUUUUUUUCCUUAUUUUCCCUUUCAAUGUUAUCAUGGUAACUGUAUUGCACUCUUAUCAUAGGUAUGUUUAUUGCAACGUUAUUCAUCUAUAUUUUUACUUCAUAUUUCAGCUGAAUAUAUUUUUUUCGUAAUAAAGUUUUCAAAAUUACACUUGUGAUACGUGUGCCGAAAAUGAGAAUUUUGUCUCUUUUAUGCGAAUUGUUUAAUAUUGUAGUUUAACAUCGAAUAAAUGAAGGUUAAAUGGUUAG